AAAUACACAAGAAAUUUCCUUCUCUUCUUAGACCUUUCCUCCCAAACCACCAAGUCUUUCAAAGCUGACCAUUUUUUUUUAUUCCUUAACACUUCAAUAAUCUCAUAAAAACAGCCUAUAUAUACACAAAUUUCCCACCUUUCAUGUUCAUCAACCAACUGUACUAAUAAAAUUACAAUAUUUUAGAUUUUCUACAUAGAUUUUUGUGUUUUACCACCUCUUUUUUCAGGUCCUUUGGGAAACAUUUUGAUCACUAAAAAAUAGGUAACACUGGUUUCUAACUUAUACAACUCUAUUACAAUGGAAAAGACAACAACAACAAUAUCAUCAUCAUCAAAUGUAAAUACUCAAUAUUUUCCAAUUUUUGCUCUUGUUCAAUUUUUCUUGAUGUUAAUCCCUGAUUGGGAACAAAUUAUAUCUGAUGUUUUGCCAAGAUUGAAGUCUCUUUUUGAGUCAAAAUCUUGUCUUGAAAACUCCAAAUCUCGGGUUGAAGAAAACUUCAACCCCGAGUUGGAUCAUGAUGAGCCUAAGCUCCUCACUCUCGCGGAAAAGGGUGAUGAGAAAUUGAACAGAGAAGAUUUGGAGACGGUGAUGGAGAGUUUGGGACUUGUUUGUAGCCCCGAGAGUGAGGAGCUUAAGAACUCUUUCGGCUCUGAUGAGCUUUCGGGGUUGUUUGAAGAUGAAGAGCCUAGUUUGGAGGAAAUUAAACAAGCUUUUGAUGUGUUUGAUCAAAACAAAGAUGGUUUCAUUGAUGCCAUGGAAUUGAAGAGAGUGCUCUGCAUAUUGGGAUUGAAGGAAGGUUCUGAGAUUGAUAACUGCAACAAAAUGAUUAAGUCUUGUGAUGCAAAUAGAGAUGGGAAAAUAGAUUUCAAUGAGUUCAUCAAGUUUAUGGAAAAUAUUUUUUGCUAGAUGUUUCCUCAUUGAACAUAAUAUUUAAUAAACUUUUAAAUCCAUGAGUUGGUUAAUUAUGAACUACUUAAAUUGACAUCUAAUGACUGUACUUAACUUUUAUUUAUUCAUCAAUCAGUUUUUUUUAUUA